AUGCAUCGCUUAUUCAUAGGCUCUGUCAUCACUCUUUCUCUAUUUCUCACCACUACAGCCCUUUAUUAUGGACCGGUCAACCACGGCCACUGGAAUGAACUCCGAGACACCCUAAAUACAUCACACAAGCAGAAGACAGAGCCUCCCUUUGUCAUCGAUACCUUCCAGAACCCAAUCCACAAUGACCUGGGAUUUUGGCACGGCUCUGGCGAGAAUCUCUCAGUGCAACAUGGACCGGGGUUCAUCCGUCUGCUCCCAAAAGACCCAGACCAGAACUUCCACACUCAGUUCGAUUCCAACACUUGCUACAGCCUUAUGCCAUGGUACAAUGAUCUCCUACAUGUCGUCUUCGAAGGCACAGAUAAAUUCAGCGUCUCAUUGAACCAACACAAUGACGAAUGCAAUCCACACCGCAGUCCCUUCCCCAGCGUCGCGGAUUCAGUCCAAGCAGAGCGAUACGUAGUACGCCCAGACGCUGAGGAGUCGCGCGAUGAUGAUUGGGACUAUGAAGAUGAUGACUACGAUGAAGAUGAUGAUAUGGAUAUGGUUACUCCGAGGGACACUUAUGGCAAGCUUGGGAGACAUUGUCAGAACGGUCGACGACCCAAGCAUGCCAAAGGUAGUGCCAAAGGUAGUGCCAAAAUUCCACUGGGCCACCGUGACCUCUAUAUUCCCCUCACUCACUUCGAGAUCGAUUUCAAUCGGGUUGUCUCUGUUUCUUUCCAUGGCUUCUAUACCGAAGAACCCAUGACGCUACAUCGGGUUGAGAUCGUUUCUGCUGUCCCAGUGCCAUCGCCAGAGAAUGGUCAUUUUCGUUUGCCUGGAAAGCUGCCAAGUGGUAGGAUGGAAUCACUUCCCACCGUUGGUCAAAUUGAUGACGAGAUUAUCCAGAUGAUACAGGUAUUCAAAGACCAACUGGGUAUUGAGUCUUCAUACUUCCGACCACCGUUCGGCACAGUAGCAGCACGCCUACGCCAGCAACUCUCUCGACACAUUGCAAACCCCUACAUCGUGAAUUGGAGCGUGGACGUCGAGGAUUGGCUCUGGGCCAAUACAUCCUCACCAGAGAAACAACUGGAUGCAUUCUACCGCGGUGUGGCAAAAGGUGGAAACCUCGCUGUGAUGCACUACCUUAACCCGACUACAAUUGGGUAUCUCCCGCAGUUCAUUCGGCAUGUGAAGAGCGCUGGGUAUCACAUCAUGCGCAUUGACCAGUGUUUGGAGGAUGCGUCCGCUCCGGCACUGUGA